AUGACUUCUGAAACAGAAUUCGAAGUGGAAGCGAUCACCGAUUUCCGCGAAGAAGACUCGGACAAUGAGCCAGUCAUCGAGUACAGAGUCAAGUGGAGAGGAUUUCCAGAUGAACAGAGCACCUGGGAGCCGGUGGAGAGCCUCACCGAAGACAAGGGGACGCGCAGAAUGGUAGAAGGCUUCAACAAGCAUUAUACAGAGCGCAUCUUGUACAAAAUCAGAAAAUACUCGAAAAAGGGAUUCUCCGGAAUCGAACGCGUCAAAGAAUGUAAGUUUUUAUCUGUUUCUCUCAAGAUUUGUAUGCGCCUUUCUUAUUGCAAGAGAAGACCCGGUUCAAAUAUGAAAUAA